AUGAAGCGGCCGAAGCCGAGACCGACUCUCCCGGCCGACCUAGCUGACUCAGAUUCAGUCUUCUUCAGGAAGCCUGGAAACGAGUCUGUUAUCGGAUCUGGCACCUACGGCAAGGUCUUCAAGGGCCUCAACGUCUAUACAAAGAAUCUUGUUGCCCUCAAACGAAUCCGCAUGGAGGGUGAGCGCGACGGUUUCCCCGUCACGGCCGUUCGAGAAAUCAAGCUUCUACAGUCGCUCAGGCAUGUCAACAUUGUCGCCCUUCAAGAGGUCAUGGUAGAGAAGAACGAUUGCUUCAUGGUUUUUGAAUAUCUAUCGCAUGAUCUCACAGGUCUCCUGAACCACCCCUCGUUCAAGCUGGAUGCGGCUCAGAAGAAGCAUCUCGCCAAACAAAUGUUUGAGGGCUUGGAUUACCUCCACACCCGAGGAGUCUUGCACCGAGAUAUCAAAGCAGCCAACAUCUUGGUGAGCAAUGAAGGUAUCCUCAAAAUUGCCGAUUUUGGUCUUGCCCGUUUCUAUGCCAAGCGUCAUCAGUUGGAUUACACCAACCGUGUCAUUACUAUCUGGUACCGAUCUCCUGAAUUGCUACUCGGAGAAACAAAGUACACGGCCGCUGUCGACGUUUGGAGCGCGGCAUGUGUCAUGGUAGAGAUAUUUGCUCGACACGCCAUCUUUACUGGAGACGGAACCGAGCUCAGCCAGUUGGAAAAGAUAUAUAAUAUCUUGGGUACGCCGACUCUUCAGGACUGGCCCAACCUCGUCGACAUGGCUUGGUUUGAACUAUUGCGCCCAACAGCGAAGCGGAAGAAUGUCUUUGGCGAUAAGUACCGGGACAAGGUGACGCCGGCAGCGUUCGAGUUGCUCUCGGCCAUGUUCCAAUACGAUCCUGCCAAACGCCCCAGCGCGUCCGAAGUGCUUCAGCAUCCUUACUUCACCAAAGAAGAACCACAACCACGACAGGCUAUUGAGUGA